GUGAGCUCUCCAUGGUCCGAUUAUCUUACUUGCUGUCCCACGCUAUCGUCGGGUCCUCUCUCUGGUUCGCUGUGGCUGGCGUUCGAGCUGCGGGGAACACGACGUGCGCGAGCGGGCAGCUGGACUGGUACACGAAUGUAGUGGGAGAGACACCUUGCGCCACCUACCAGCGACUCAGACAAAUAUGCAAUCCCGAUUACCAGGUUGGGCAGUUCCGAUCGCUCACGCCCGGGGACAACUGCGAUGAUCAACUUUCCUCAUGUUGUUGUAACUCCGUGUCAUGGGCGCUGAGUAUGUUAUGCAUGAACUGCCAAUACGACACUGCUAGCGGAGAUGUUGGCAUCGAUGCCGGGACCGGCGGAUACGGGUUGUAUGCGGGGACAUGCGGAAAGCCGCUGAACAAGACGCUUCCGACCGAUAUCCAGACUGCAGUCUGCAAUAAGGAGAUCAAGCUCGACAGGAACCUCUACUCUUUAUUUUGGGACACAGGCGCAUGCAUAUACACGAAACAGACGAUGUCGAAGGAUUUCGCCGCGACGAACAACAACACCUUCACGCACUGUAACUCCACGCUCAAGGCGUCAGCAGCUGCCAGCUCCUCCGCGUCCGCGUCUCAGACCUCGCUGUCCCCAACUUCCUCCUCAUCAGGGUCGCCUGAUACCACUGCCAGUGGCUCCGCAGCGGGAGGCAAGUCUGUAGCCCCCAUCAUCGGAGGCGCGGUCGGAGGAGCUCUCGUCGCCAUGGCCUUGGCUGCUCUGGGGGUGUUCUUCUACCGCAGGAGUCGCCGGCGACGAGGCCCAACGCCGCUCGACCUCAGUAAAGAAUACACUCCGUCAGGCGGCUUCGUAGAUGAUCCCUCAAUGGGUGUCGUCACCCCGUUCUCCGCGGCAUCAGUGCAGCAGAGCAAUUCCGGGUACGGAGGAGGGCAGGCGCUGUCGGAGGAGUUCGCGCUGCUCCCACGAGGAUACACGAGCCCCCACGGCGGGGAGAAGGCCGGGCCCUGGGACAGCUCGCACUCGCUCGCCAGCGACGCCGGGGAGCGGCACGAGGACGGGGGCCCGGUCCCUGCGCUCCAACGCUCCGUGUCGGGGAGGCUGCCGCCUGCGUACCGCCAGUCGUGGGAUGCGUCGGACGCGGGCACGUCGCCCGUGGACGCGCCGGAAUACGCGCCCCCCGCGCCGUCGGAAGGGAGGAGUGGGAGCGUUAGCACGGGGACGGGGACGGGCAGUGGGGUGGCCGGGGCGUCGCGGGCGCCGCUGCACCUGCAUGGGGACGUUAAGAGGCCGCUGCCGCCGCCGUCAUAGCGUUGGUCAAGGACUGCCUGCGAGUCGCACGUCACGGACAUAUGGAUACCCCAGUCUUAGCUCUCUCGCAUGGUGUUC